GAAGCAGGGAAAAUCUUCGCGCUCAGAACCGUGCUGUGAGCCAUGGCUAGCGUAAAAUACUCGAGCAGUGUGCCACCAAUGGAAAUGACGUCAGAUGGCUCCGUUCUCAUGUUGCCACCCACGAAGAAAGUGGCGCCGCAACGCCAGCAGUGGUCCAAGAAAGUUGAGUUCAUCCUGUCCUCCUUAGGUUACGCUGUCGGCUUCGGGAACAUCUGGAGGUUCCCGUACCUGGUGUACAAAUACGGCGGCGGAACCUUCCUGAUCCCCUUCGUCAUCUUCGUCCUUUUAACCGGGAUCCCUUUCAUGGCCCUGGAAAUGACCGUGGCCCAGUACGCGGGACUCGGGCCCUUCCACAUCUACGACGAACUGUGUCCCGCGAUGAAGGGCCUCGGGGUGGCCACGUUCCUCACCAGCUUCGUGAACUCCAUACAGUACGUGCAGCUCUUGGGGUAUGUCAUUUACUACCUGUUCGCCUCGUUCACGACAGAGUUGCCAUGGAACAAUUGCGACAACGGCUGGAAUCUGAAUGGAUGCAUUGGUCCCUGUGGUUCUCAACCAGAUGUUGGUGGAAAGUUCAUCUGGUUGAAUGAGACAUGCCUGUCAGUGUGCCCAAGUCAACAGCUGGAUGAUUUAACCCAGGGUGGACUUCUGAGGGAUAGUACCAUUGAGUACCAUAUUUGUCCAGUUGGUACUUGCACUGGCAACAAGUGCGGGGAUGAAGAUGCAAUGCAUUGCAGCCUCUUUGGACAUGUUUUGAACUGUUCCACUGGAGGAGAAUACCCCAAUGUUCACAGCACUUUUCCAACAUAUGACUACUUCUAUGCAAAGGUACUCAACUUGUAUGAUUCUGAAGGCAACGUCGCAAGGUGGGAGUCUUACGGUACCAUGGUGUGGCCAGUGUUUGGUUGCGUCAUAGUGGCGUACAUUCUUGCGGGCAGUGCAUUAGUCCGAGGGAUCCAGACAUCAGGGAAAGUAGUCUACUUCACUGCGACAUUUCCAUACGCCAUCUUGGCUGUUUUGUUUGCCUAUGGCGUUUCACUCCCAGGGGCGUUGGAUGGCAUCAAGUUUUACCUGACACCGGAUCUGAAUAAGCUGAUGGAGUCAGAAGUGUGGUAUGAGGCACUAGCUCAGGUCUUCUUCUCUCUGGGCGUUGGCUAUGGAGGGGUGAUGACUCUGUCAUCCUACAACCACUUUGACACUCCUGUGGUGUCUUAUGCUGUUAUGAUCAGUACCAUGAACUUCCUGACUUCAUUCUUUGCUGCAAGAGCUCUAAGGAGAUGCUUUUGGUUUGAGCGCUGGCGUGAGAGUGCCGGUUCCACUGCUGGGCUCAGCCUGACAUGGCUGGCCGCGAGAUUUGUCGAGGACGCUAUACUCGCUAAAAGAGAUGAAGAGUGGAUGUCCAUUUUGUCGGAGGGCACAGGAGAUGUUGGCUGGGUGGUGGGACACUGGGUUGGUCCAGGGCAGUUGCGUGAGCCUCCCUGGGUGAUUGGUCUUUCUGCAGAGGUUGAGAGGGGAGAGUUGUGUAGUAGAGUGUGGUGUGAAGUUAUAGGAGAGGGUUGCGUCUUCAAGGCGGAGAUCCCAGAGAUUGGGGGUAGGUGUGAUUUUGGCAAGGAUUUGAUUGAGCGUUUUAAUAGCGAGUUUGCAGCCACCAUUACCUUCCGGGUGGGAUGGCUUGGCUAUGUGAACUUCAAUUUGGUUUGCACGGAUGAUGAAGCGUUUGUAAGCUUGAGAGAAGAAGACUGCAGCUUGGUCCUAGUGGAUGACGUUGCAGGUGCCAAUCUGGGAAAAGACAUCAGAGAGGAAAGAGCAGAGCUUGUUAGCGUUUGCACGUUGGACAGGAGGCGGAGUAGUCGAGAGUCUUUGAGAUUGCCCAGGAAGGCUUUGUGCCCAGACGGUGGCCAGGAGUUUGCGUUGAGUGUUAGAGUAGCGGGUUUUGGGGUCAGAGAGUACCCUACUAGCAUAAGCAAUGAUAUGUGCCGUAUUUUGAGAGUCGCGUUGUACAAGGAUGGUGCCCAGGCAUGUGGCCAAGGCAUUGCAGUGGAUUUCUGUAGGAGCAUCAGGGUCAAAUUGUUCAAGGCGGGCUGCAUUUGCAAUAGAUUCAUCGUAUUCAGCGUUCUGGGAUACAUAGCCCAAGAGACGAACGUGCCGAUCGACAGCGUGGCAGGAAAGGGCCUCAGCCUGACCUUCAUCUCAUUCCCCACUGCACUGGCGAAGAUGGCGGCUGCACCCGUCUGGUCCGUCCUCUUCUUCGCCAUGUUGGUGACUGUGGGCCUGGACACGCAAAUGGCCGACAUGGAGACGCAGUUGACGGCGUUCUUUGACGAGUUCCCGACCUUGCGCACCCGAAAAUCCCUGGUGGUUCUCGGAGUCACCACAGCCGGUGUCCUUGGCGCCAUGAGCAUGUCAUUCCAGGGCGGAAUAUGGAUGAUGACCCUGUUGAAUGACUACGCAGCAACUGCGCCGGUGCUGAUCGUGUCGCUCUUCAACGCCGUGAUCUUCGCUUACCUCUACGGGGUUCACAGGCUUUUCCAAGACAUGGAAACCAUGGUGGGCCCGGUUUCGAAGUUCACGAAGGCCUACUUGUUCGCCACUUGGAAGUUCAGUGGCCCAGCCACCGUUUUCCUGUGCUUGAUGUACUUUUGGGGCACGUUCCCGGGAAGUGAGUACGACAGGCCGAGAUCCGAGUUGUUCCCGGGGUACAUCAACGUCCUGGGCAUGGCUUGCACUGGGUUCCUCUUCAUAAUCAUCCCGGUUGGAGUCCUGGUGCAGUAUUACAGGAACAAAGACGUCGGUCUGAGGAAUUUAUUCAAGCCCACUGCAGAAUGGAUGUCGCAGGAAGAGCGUAAAGCUAGGGGUCGCACAUCAGUGUACCAAGCAGAGGGGUUGCUUAUAUAGCGGUCGAAAUAAAAUAAAAAAUUAUGAAUAAAAAAUGAUUUCAUUCUAAAAACGUAGCUCUAUCCCAUCACUGGACGACCCUAUGAUCCAGGAGUUAACUUGUGUGAGAAAAUUGAUUUAACGCAACACAGCUUUGGCAUUGGAGGGGGUUCGGGUUCGGGAGAGCCUUCCAAAAAAUUGGUUCAUGCUUUGGUUGUGCAUUCCUAGCUUCUGAGGCUUAGGUGAUGAAGAAACGCGUGUAUUUGAAGCCAAGCGACUCUGUCAAAGGAUGGUUGGAUUUCUUUGCUAAGUUGAGUUCAGCUGAAGACUGGAUAUUGCGACUGUAAUAUGAAGGAAAUAUUUUGAUGGGAAUGCUCUCGAAGUCUGCGAAAAAAUAUAUGCCAAUCGUAUGGUGGCAAAAUGCAUCUCGUGUGUGCACAAAUUGCGUCUCGGCUGUUUGUUGCAGAAUUGUUUCCGAGGACAAUAAAAAUGGUGCUUCGUGGCAACAGAGAGAAUAAAGAAGGAGUUCUUGUCUCA